GAUUAGUAAACUAAUGUCAAAUCUGGAUAUUGUUUUCUACCGACUGUCAUUUUGUACGAUUCAUAUGUUUUAUAUAUUUGAGUGAGUGUGAAAUAAUAUAUCUUAUAUUCCUCCAAAUGCAGUUUAAAUCAGAUUCGUUAAGAGAGAUGAGCUGCUCAGACGACAACUCCGCAUGCAUACCCCUUCAAAAUAUAUCUAAUCUUAUGAACCGCAAGGACAAGUGUUGUAGAGCUUGCAUGAAGAAGGGAAAAUGCAACCACUGGACUCUAGUUGUGAUGCAAGAAAAGGAACUUUCAAAUCUAAAGGUCCUGUUAGCGAGUACGAAGAGAGAUUUUGAAAAUCUGCAGUCUCAGCUACAAAGUGAUCUGAAGCAACUUGGUAGGCAACUUUUUUUCUGAAAACAUACCUAUCUAUAUGUCUAUAUCGACUAUCGUUUCUAUAAUUUGA